AAUAUGACGUUUUUGUUGUUCUUUCUUCCCUUUGUUUCUCCAGUCAGACACUCCCUGAAAUAUUUUCUCACCAUGACAUCUGGAAUCCCAAACUUCCCAGAGUUUAUGGCUGUUGCAAUGGUUGAAGAUGUUGAGUUGGGAUACUGUGACAGCAGCAUCAAGAGGGCUGUGCCCAGACAGAACUGGGUGAAAGCAUUCAUAAAGGAUAAUCCACAGCAUCUGGAGUGGAACACCGAGGAGUGUCAUCAAUCUCAGUACUUCCUCAGAGACCGUCUGGACAGAUUGAUGCAGAGUUUCAACCAGUGUAGGUUACCAUCCCCUGACCAGAUGGCGGAGGGUCAUUCCUCAAGGUUUGUCUCAACCUUGAGAGACAAGACGAUGAGUUGUCCAGCCCAGCUAGCCAAAAGAGCAAGUGGUCCUAUGCAGCAGGAGCUUGCUCUGAAAAGUUUAAAGACUCAGAUUGACCAGAUUCUUCAUGAGGCAGGAGCUUUAAGUGUUGGAGCACCAGUCCUGGAUGCCUUUGUAUCCUUCAACAUGGUCAGAAAAGCUUGCUUUGGGAUGACAUUCAGUGCAGAUUUCCAGGUUCAUGUCAAGAGGUUUGCUGAGGCCUUCUUGGAACUUGGCUUGAGUGUCACACCAAAGGUUCAUGCAGUCCUUGUGCAUGUCCCACAAUUCCUCAAAUGCCAAAAGUCUAGAGGACUAGGAUACUGGUCAGAGCAGGCUUCUGAGACAGUGCAUUCAGACUUUGAUAGUCUCUGGGUUGGAAGCAGCUACAAAAGAGCCAUGAGGGUCCACAUUCUCCAGUGUGAAUGGAAUGAUGAGACUGGAGAGGUCAAAGGUUUUCAACAGUACAUCUAUGAUGGAGAAGACUUCAUUGUAAUGGACAUGAACACACUGACCUGGAUCGCUAGGGUGCCACAGGCUGUCCCCACCAAACUGAGAUGGGACGCUGACAAAGACAGACUGCAAGCCAUUAAGAUUUUCAGUACGUAUUUAUGUCCUGAAAAUCUGAAGAUGUAUCUAAAGUAUGGAAAGAGCUAUCUGCAGAGAACAGACCUCUCCUCAGUGUUUCUCCUCCAGAAGUCUCCGUCCUCUCCAGUCUGCUGUCACGCAACAGGUUUCUAUUCUGAUAAAGCCAAAAUAUUCUGGAGAAAAGAAGAACAACAGCUUUUUGAGGACGUGGAUCACGGAGAGCUGCUCCCCAACCACGACGGAACCUUCCAGAUGAGUGUGGACCUGAACCUUUCAUCAGUCAAGCCUGAAGACUGGCAGAAGUACGAGUGUGUGUUUCAGCUGGCUGGUGUCAAAGACGACAUCACCAAACUGGACAAAUAUGCCAUCUGGACAAACCACGAGACGCCCAGUGACGUCCUCGUCCCCAUCAUUGUUGCAGUGGCUGUUCUUGCACUUGUUCUGGCUGCAAUCGUUGGACUCAUAGUUUACAAGAAGAAGAAAGGUGAGAGAAUAAAACAGAAAGACCUUCACCGUCAUGAUUGA